AUGCACUGUACACACUGUCCGAAAAGAGUUCUAGAAGCCGUGGAAACUUAUUCAGACCGGCUCGAGGUGACCGACCCUCCAACCGAGAAAACUUAUAAGCUCACGGUGAGCUACAUUCCAGAAGCUCCCCAUUUUACCGUUCGGCACAUCCUUUGCACCAUUUCCGACAUCGACAAAGCUUUUACGGUGUCCAUCUACCAUCCACCGACCCUGGAAGAGCGGUCGCACGCGAUGCAUCGCCGACAGCAGUGGCAGAUUGCGAGUCGCCUAAUCUUGGCUGUGCUUUCAGCCAUCCCAACAUUUAUCAUCGGUGUAGUGUACACGUCUCUGGUCUCCAAGGAUAGUCCGGCCGAAAAUAUUUCGAAGAGCCUAUGUGGUCUGGCCAGGCUACCCGAAUCGAGUGGGCUCUGCUACUCACCUCUACGCCAGUCUACUUCGCUGCGGACAUCUUCCACCGUCGCAUGA